AUGAUAUACAGUUUGCUGACGGAAUCUUCCGUACAUACAAUUCAGUCGCAUCCUAAUCCCCAAAAGCAGAUCACACCAGUGAAACGGCCCCAUGAAGCUGCGAGUAUUUCUUUCGAUGAUUUUGACUUGGCCGGCGUAAUGCUCCCCCACAUUGAUCCCUUGGUCAUCGAGCUACGCGUAAAUCAAUUCACUGUUGAACGUGUUCUCAUUGAUCAGGGAAGCACUUUGGAAGCUAUGUACUACAAAACCUUCCUCAAACUCUGCUUCACUGAGUUGGACCUGUCUCUAACUCAUUAUCCGCUAUUCGGCUUUAACGCUAAUCUGGAAUAUCCAUUGGGCAAAAUCACACUACUAGUUCGGGCGGGGUCCUGGUCACUGGAUGUAGAAUUUUUGGUUGUCAAGCUUCCUUCGCCGUAUAAUCUUGUCAUGGGACGAACUUGA